UACAAUAUACAUAUGUGUAUAGUAAAAAAGAAACAUUACAUAUAGUACGGAGAUAUAUUUUAAACUACAUAUUAAACUUGCAAAAUGGCUACGAAACGAGGGCGUGGUGAAGGAGAUGUUAAAAAGAAAAUGGCGCGUUUAAGAUUCAAAAAUCUUGUGCGAAGUGUAACAUUAAAUAGGAUUUGGUUAAUGGAUUCCGGUGAACAAAAGCUUUCACUGAAUGUGAAAAAAAAUAUUAACAUGCUGAUUCGACCGCAGCGGAAGGUCGGGAUCCUAACAAUGGCAGAAAAGACAUUAUUGCGAACCCAUCACUACCUUCGCUCAAUAAACGACCGGAAAAAGUUAGUUAAUUUAUUGGCAAGCCUCACGUGUUUUUCUCGAAUACCACCGAAAGUACGAGCUAGACUAACACCAGUAAUUAAGUUAUGUUUCGUGGGUCCUGGAAGGAAAAUAAUAAAGGAAGGCGAUCCACCUUCCACGGUGUAUUUUAUUCUAAGUGGAGAAGUGGAACUAUAUAAAAGAGUUUUUGAUCGGACAAAAUGCACAUAUGUGGACAAAUUAGAAUCUAUUAGCGGGCCAGGAGACUGUCUUGGGGAUAUUGAAAUGAUAGAAGGUUGUGAAAGAUUAAAUACAUAUAUUUCUCGCA